ACUCGUCCCUGGGGCUUCCACCUUCCACCUCUUCUCCCCAGAUUAUUUUCCCCACCAGAUCUGCACGAUUUUGGCAAAAUAACAACGCAGACAAGACCAUGGUCUAAUCGGAUCUCGUCCUCUUGCUUCCCCACACGUGCGCUCACUGCAAUUUACUCGCAUUCUAGCAAAACUUUCUUUGCUAUCGUCUGGUUUGCACCUCGUCGGGCGUCUCUUGUCCGGUCUUUGAUUGCGUCCUGCGUGUUUGCUUCUAUCGUGCUCUGCUGUUUGGUCCAUAUAUAGUCGUGUAUGCGUGCGACUUAUUACUCACGCUAGCUACCGUCUUCCUACAACUCGAUUGUCAUAAUCAGCCUGAGGCGAUUCAUAUUCAUUCAAUCCACAAUGGCUGAACCCCAUGACAUCGAGCUCGGUGCUACCACGACCAUGGCCGCAAAAUCAAACUACAGAACAGAGUCCCUGAGCUCCCACUCAAACUCCUCAGAGCUCCUUCACGAGAAAGACAUCGCCGAGCGAUCAACUUUCUUUCGCUGGUUCCAACGCGCCGCGCUGCACUGCAACAUGGAAGUCCGCGGCAUCGAACGUGUCCCGGAAGACGAACGCACGGCGAGCUCGGUGUACUCGCCCGCUUUCUUCUGGUGGGCGGUCAACAUGGUCCUGCCUGCGGUCUCGAUCGGGAGCCUGGGCAUCUCGGCCUUCAGUCUCACGUUCUGGGACUCGACGCUCACAAUCAUCUUCUUCACCUUUCUCGGCACCCUCCCCGUUGCAUUCUACUCGACCUUCGGUCCAAAAUUCGGACUUCGGCAAAUGAUCCUCGGCCAGAUCUGGUUCGGCGACCAUCUCGUCUCGCGGUUCUUUGCGGUGCUUAACGCGAUCGGCUGCGUAGGCUGGAGCGCGCUCAACACGAUCGUGGCCGCGUCGCUGUUGCAUUCUGUUAAUGGCGGCGCGAUGCCGGCGUGGGCGGGCAUGUUUGUCGUCGCGUGCGGGACCGCGAUCUUGACUUUGUUUGGGUAUAAGGUCGUUCACUUUUACGAGCGGUGGGCGUGGGUGCCUACUUUUGCUGUGUUCCUGGUGAUAAUUGCGUGCUUGGCAAAGUCUCACACGUUUGCUCCCGGAUCUCUCUCAAGCGGCAAGCUCGAAGCUGGCAACGUCCUCUCCUUCGGCGCGACGAUCUUCGGCUCCAGCACAGGCUGGGCCACCUACGCUGCCGACCACACAGUCUACCUCCCCGCGACAUCCAGCAGCCGCAAACUUUUCCUAUCCAUCUUCUUCGCGAUCUCCAUCCCGCUGAUCUUCACCGGCAUCCUCGGCACCGCUUUAAUGGCGGCCGCGCAAACCACCCCCCGACUCGCGACCGCCUACGCAGACGGCGGGAUCGGCGGCCUUCUCUACGGCGUCAUGGUCACAAACUCGCUCCACGGAUUCGGCCAGUUCUGCAUCGUGCUCGUCGCGCUCUCGACUAUCGCCGUCAGCUGCGCGAAUAUCUACUCGAUCGCGUUCUCGGUGCAGGCGAUCAGCAAGUACUUUGCCAUCAUCCCGCGCGUGCUCUGGACGUUUUUGGGCAUCUGUGCGUUCUUUGGGCUCGCGAUGGGCGCGUACUAUAACUUUGAGGAGUAUAUGGAGAAUUUUAUGAACCUGAUUGGAUACUGGCUCAGUAUCUACGAAGCAAUCUCGCUCUCAGAGCACUUUAUCUUUCGAAAAUCGUCCUACGACGCAAUCUUACUUCCUCCCCUCCUCCUCCACGCCCCCGACGACACAGCAGUCACCCAAGAGCAGCACGCAGUCCACCGUCUCCAGCUAGAAGGAAACAUCCCUCCAGGCUGGGCAGCCCUAUUCGCGUUCGCAUGCGGCGUGGCGGGCGUCGUCGUCGGCAUGUAUCAGGUAUGGUGGACCGGUCCGGUCGCGGCGCGGACGAGCGCGGAUCUGGGGUUCGAACUGGCGUUUGGGUUUUCGUUGGCGGGAUAUCUUGUGGCGCGGCCUUUGGAGAAAAAGGUUUUUGGGCAUUAGAUUAUGAAAGUUUUUAGAUUUGCAUGGGAUGAUUGUUUUGUAGCUUGAUUAUGAUUGAUUCGUGAAGUAAAAUGUGUAUGUAAAUGUGAGUAUUCCUGAUAUAAAAAGUGGAUGAAGAGGCUGAUUGCCUCUUGAUGUAGAUGUAGUUAUACGCAGAAGCAAAAAUAGAAGCAUGAGCAAGUCGCAGGACAAAGAGAAAUCAGA